AUGAUGCUACCUGAUCCUUCUCCCAGUGAUUCAAGUUUGCUUCUUUGUCUACCAGAUGAUGUGUUUGCCACAGUUUCAAGGUUUUUGAUCCCUAGAGAAGUUUUCAAUCUCAGUUUAUGUUGCAAGAGUCUGUAUGCUCUUGCGACAUCUGAAAAAGUUUGGUUUACUCAAUGUGACAUUAUAGGUAUUGUGUCACACAAAGACCUAGUUGAGUGGAGAGAGUAUGUUUCAUCUUACAAAGUACUUUGUCGUUUUCUUUCUAGUGUUAAACCGUUGAUUGGUAUAUGGGUUCAACAGAAUCCUGAGCUUGGUAACCUUGUUUAUGUAAUGCCGGGUUUUGUUUCUGUUGUCGCGUGUCGAAUAAUUCCCCAGGAGAUUGUUUCGUCGGGGAGUAUUCAAGAUGGUUCUAUCCUUUGGUCACCUGUGUUUGAAAUUGUUUGCGAUUUCGAUGGUUCGAGUAUGUUUUUACUUCAUGGAAGGGAAGAAAAGGGAAUCGAUUGUGUUUAUCAUGGUUCUGUUAAGUGUGUUAAUAGAUUUUGUAAUUUAUUGCUGCUUGAGGUUGAAUCUUUGAAAGAAGAUAAUAAUGAGGGAAUAGUUCCUUUUAGCAAAUUGGGUUUUAGGGAUAGAAAAAAGUUGCUUGAGGUCACUACUAGUACUAGCCAAGUUAGAUUAGAGGUUCCAAAUUAUGCGUAUGAUCCAUUGUUUCGUAGAUCAAGGGAUGAUUAUGUCGAUUUUCAGAAAGAUUUGGUGCUCUUGAAGGAAAGAAGAGAAUUUCUUAUUCAAAUGACUCAAAUGUAUAAGCUUGGUUGUAUUCAGAUUGAAAAUAGGGAAAAUUCUCAAGAGGAAGAAGUUGGUUCGAUGCGAUUACAGGCUAAUGAGGUAAGAAAGAGUCAUGAUUAUUCCAAGGCUUUAUCUUUUCCCCCGAGCAACGAGAAUAGUCACACACAAUGCAUCAAGAGAAAAAGUUUUGGUGGUUAUUUUUGGGAUGGCUUUAAACAUAUCCUUGGAAGAUCUAGUUCAAUUGAUGGCUGUGUUAAUAUUGAUCAGCAACACAGCACAAUCGCAGAAACAAGAAACGAUCAAAGUUCUUGUUCAAUUGAUGGCAGCGUUUGCAAUGUUGAUAAACAACACAGCACGAACACAGGAACAAGAGAGGAUCAAAGUUCUCGUACAAUCGAUGGCAGCGUUAUCAGUAUUGAUCAGCAACAAAACACGGCCCCAGGAACAAGGAACGAUCACAUGAUGCUUAGUUCAAGCCAUGAGACAAAGCAUGAUAGGCUUCAAGACUUUCUCAAAUCAAGCGACACGCUAAGGCUAACGUUAAAGGCAUUAACUGCAAACUUGUCUUGUUUUCGAGGCUGGCCGAAUAUGAACAAGAAUUGGUUUGCACUUUACAAGAUGCCUUUGCAAGUUCCUAAAGUAGACCAAGUGUAUGCUGGUUUAUGGGGAGGAACUUUUGGUUGGCCUCAUGAAAAAUCUUCUCAAGACAAGCCUAGAAAGGCUUUAUUCUUUCUUUUGCUCUCUUAUUCAGAGUCGAAGGGACAACAAUUUCUCAUCGGAACAAAGAUAUUGGAAGGAACUUGCUACGCCAUGCAUCCUAAUGGUUCUGCAAUGUUCACAGUGAAUAUCAACGAGCCUUCAUCUGAUCCUUUUCCUUCGAAAACUGAUAGGGACUCAUCAUCGAGGAAUAAUAUCGAACACGCUUUUAUGGGAGAAGGUAUAGCAAACGGUUAUGGUUUCAAAUAUCCAGGAUCAAAGCCUGGUUCACUCUUUGCAUUUCAAAAUGGUGAUCUCGCCUUUGUUUGGAAGGAAUCAAGAGAUGUUUUGACCCUGCAAAGACUUAACUUGCAAGAACUUUUGAAGAAAGGAAAAAGAAUACCUUCUUUGCCUCCCAUUGACAACUUUUCAUAUUUGAUGAAAUCCUGCUUAAAUGUGUUUACCAGCUAA